CGGGGACGGAAGAGGGUGGCCGUAGGCCGGGCCCCGCCCCGGGGCUGCUUCCCAGCGGGUUCCGUUGGCCGUGGCUGCCGCGGAGGCUGUGGCGGCGGUGGCCGCCGGGCGGGCGUAAGAUGGCGACUGCGGCGGCGGGAGCCCUGGGCCUCCUGUGGGGCUGGCUGUGGAGCGAGCGCUUCUGGCUGCCGCAGAACGUGAGCUGGGCCGACCUGGAGGGCCCGGCCGACGGCUACGGCUACCCGCGCGCCCGGCACAUGCUGUCGGUGUUCCCGCUGGCUGCAGGCAUCUUCUCCGUGAGGCUGCUCUUCGAGCGGUUUAUUGCCAAACCCUGUGCACUCCAUGUUGGCAUUGAAGAUAGUGUUCUCUAUCGUGUUGAAUCCAAUGACACCCUUGAGAAGGUGUUCAUAUCUAUUACUAAGUAUCCUGAUGAGAAGAGGCUGGAGGGCCUAUCAAAGCAACUGGACUGGGAUGUCCGAAAAAUCCAGUGCUGGUUUCGCCAUCGGAGGAAUCAGGACAAGCCUCCAACGCUCACUAAAUUCUGUGAAAGCAUGUGGAGACUCACUUUUUAUUUAUGUAUAUUCUGCUAUGGAAUUAGAUUUCUCUGGUUGGACUUCCUGAUCAUGUUUGUGCAUCACUUGGCCACCAUUGGGCUUAUCACCUUCUCUUACAUCAACAACAUGGUUCGAGUGGGAACUCUGGUCAUGUGUCUCCAUGAUUCCUCAGACUUCUUGCUGGAAGCUGCAAAGCUGGCCAAUUAUGCCAAAUAUCAGCGGCUCUGUGACAGCCUCUUUGUGAUCUUUAGUGCAGUCUUUAUGGUUACACGUCUAGGAAUCUACCCAUUGUGGAUUCUGAACACAACCCUCUUUGAGAGUUGGGAAAUGAUUGGGCCCUACCCCUCCUGGUGGCUCUUCAAUGGCCUUCUCCUGAUCCUACAGGUUCUGCAUGUCAUCUGGUCCUACUUAAUUGCACGAAUUGCUUUUAAAGCCUUGAUCCGGGGAAAGGUGACCUACCCAGGAGGACUAGACCCAGACUCUGUGCCUUCUGCUCUUCUUUCAGCUCCUCCCUCUUUUCUAUGCCUGCUGGGAUCUGCACAGUUUCAUCCUUUGCAUGUGUCUAAGGAUGAUCGCAGUGAUGUAGAGAGCAGCUCAGAGGAAGAAGAAGACACCAGCCACACAAACAACCUCUCUGGCCGCAGCUCCAGCAAUGGUGCCAACUGUGUGAAUGGCCACAUGGGAGGCAGCCACUGGGCUGAAGAGCAUGGGACUUGUAAGGCUGUUGGCAACCCGCUCUUUGGGGCCUCCCCACAUCUGCAGGCCUGCGACUAGAUGGACUGCAAGGCACUGAGGAGGAUCAAAGAAACAGUUUCAUGUUUUAAAGAAACUGCUGUUUUGUAUUUAAUGCCCCUGGUCCUUUCAGUAAUGUUAUUUGCUCUGUGUUUGUAUGUGUUUGUGUGUUUGUGCAUUGUGCAUGUGGAUGAGUUUCAUUGACAGGUUUGGGGCACAAUUCUGGACCACUAGGCAUGGCCUAGUCACUUAUGAACCCACCUCAAACCAGCGUUGGCUGCGUAUUGAAUUACGCUGUUUGUCUCUAGACCAUCUGCAUCUUUGUCCCAUGGCUCUUGAGGCUCUAAGUUCCUGGUCCAUCUAAAUCAAUGGUGCCACCAGAUCCAGCUCCAGACCUGGGGAACAGUUCUUCUGGAGCAGGAAGCGGUGCUUCACCUGAUACCCAGGACCACUGUGGCCUCUAGCUACAUCUCCUUCCUACCAUCCGAUAGCGACAGGGACAACUACUCAUGCCCUGCUUUUUACUCACUGGUACGCAGGGAGGGGGUGGAAAGGAUGAGCUGAGGUAUGGAGAGCAGCAGCUCUCUAGGUGUGCUGAACGGUUUUAUACUAUUGUUUACUCUUCUGUAAUUAAAGUUUUUGUUUCAACCCUU